AUGAAUUUGGCCAAGAGAAUUCCCAUUUUUUUGCUCAGGUUCCUGGCCUUAGGCGCCGCGGUUACAGCAACUGUGAUCAUGGUGACAAGCAAGGACACUGCACAAGUCUUGAACAUGAAAUUUGAAGCCAAGUAUACAAAUUCACCAACUUUCAAGUAUUUCGCGUUAAUAAAUGCAAUAGCAAGUGGUUACACCCUUAUAAUGCUCUUUUUCCCUUCCAAGAGUUCUUGUGGACACUUGAUCUUGGUUUUUGAUUUGAUAAUGGCAUUGUUGCUGGAUUCAAGCAUAUCAGCAUGUUUGGCUAUAGGACAGGUGGGGAAGAAAGGGAACAGUCAUGCAGGUUGGCUACCAAUUUGUGGGCAAGUUCCAAAGUUCUGUGACCACGUUACAGGAGCUCUUAUUGCUGGCUUUUUGGCAGCAGUUAUUUAUUUUCUAAUUAUUCUGUACUCCCUUCACAAAUUCCUCAAUAUUUUCAAUAUUAAAUCUUAG